UCCAAUGCGCUUCUCCUCCGAAGUUCUGACAUAUUCCCUCCCCUCAAGAAAAUGUAGCCGUUGGACCCAUAAGGUACUUUCUACGGACGGACCCGGGACUGCUGUCGUACAGCAAAACAUUGACCGCUGUUCUUUCUUCUUCGUUCUCGGUUUUAGCCGAGAAGCUCAACCAUGGCCAUUGGGAGGCUCAGCUCGAGUAUCGACUACGAGGAGCUCAGGCAAGCUCGGAUCCUCGAGAACAAGGCUCGAUUGGCUUCGCUGGGGCUGCAAAAGACCAUCUUCGACCUUCGCGCCAUAACUUCUCCUACAAAAUCAGCUGUGACCAAUAUCCGGAAAUGGCCCAAGAAGGAGUACACCCUCACAUCGCUGCGCCGCUCCAACCGAUUGAAGGGGAUACACGCCCAAGAUGAUGCUACCAUGGCCAUUGGGAGGCUCAACACGACGAUCAACUACGAGGACCUCAGACGAGCUCGGAUCCUCGAGAACAAGGCUCGAUUGGCCUCGCUAGGGCUGCAACAGACCAUUUCCGACCUUCGCGCCAUAGCUUCUCCUGCAAAAUCAGCUGCGACCAGUGUACGGAAGCACACCAAAGAGGUGUAUUCUCUUGCAUCGCUGCGUCGCUCUGACCGAUUGAAGAGGUUACCUGCCCAAGGUAACACAGGUGAUGCAAGCAACUCUCUUCGUCGUUCCGCCCGACUCAAACGCGUGAAGAAUCAUUUGGCAAAUCCAUUCCCAGUAUCGGCAGGGGGAAGCGCUGAAGUAGUAAACAAGCAUACUCCUGCAAAUAAACCUUUGCUGAAUCUCGGGGAUACGGACUAUCAACUCUCACCCGAGGCCUCAGCUAGGAGAUGCAACAGUAAAGGCCGUGGCAGCGUCUAUGAUCCUAUUUUUGGAAUCUGUUGCCAUUUCUGCAGGCAGAAGACAUUGUGCAGCGAAGAAGAUUGCAAGCGAUGCGGUAAUCUCAAUGUGAAUGAGCCGUGCAUAGGAAAGACAGAUUGUUCAGUUUGUCAUUCAGGGUACGGCGUUCUGUGCCGAGGCUGUCUCAAGGUUAGAUAUGGAGAAGAAAUGGAGGAAGUGAGAGAGAACAAGGAAUGGAUGUGCCCUCAUUGUGUAGAGGCCAAAGGAUUAAAUCCCUUUUGGAUAUGUAAUAGUUCGAUGUGCCUGAGGAAGCGCAACAAAAUGCCAACAGGACGUGCAAUCUGUCGAGCACGGGAAAUGGGCUACAAAUCUGUGGCGCAUCUACUGAUGGCGGAGCUCCAACGAGCAGCAGGCUAGUGCAGAAAAUGAGGUUUCGAGGACUCUUCGGUCAAAAUCAAUUAGUUAUUGGCCAACUUGAAAGCAAUCUAGUUGAGAUCGGGUUUUAGGACACAUUCUGUCGAACUGAAUGCGUAAUUCUCCCGUUCAGAUCGGGUAGGCAAAAGGGAAAUGAACAGAACACAAAACUUUACUGUAUUGUGUAUAUUGUAUUGGGUAUGCUAUAGCUUGUCAGGUGUCAUCUUUUCCCUCUGUCUACCAUUUCGAGUCUACUUUGCUUGUAGAAACGGAUACUCUGCUGAAAGUUCAAAAAGUUAUCCCCAGUUCAUGUUUA